UGAAAAAUACAGUAAUUUGUUGCUAGCAAAAAAGUGUGUGCGUUAACAUGAUUUUGGCGCUCAGAAAUGCUAUCAACGGCGCGAGGGCCUUUUCUAGCACAGCAAACACACUGGGUCGCAACUAUAGACAUGUGGUUGAUCGCCAACUGAAGAAGAAAGUGGAAUACAAAGUUGGUGAUUUGAAGCCAAGAAACUUGAGAAUCCCUUCUGAACCACCUAAGUAUCCGCCCUACCCCUACGGGGAGUCUCCUAUUUUUAAAAGAAGUAAUCGCGGACUGUUUGGUGGUCAGUUCAUCGUUUUUGGAAACAAAGUCUCGGAACAUAAAAACAGGGCACGCAGAACAUGGCUUCCGAACGUGGUGAAGAAAAAACUAUGGUCCGAGGCUCUGAACAAAUUGGUGCCUCUUAAGCUGACUGCACGUGUUUUGAGAACAAUCACAAAGGAGGGAGGUCUGGAUAACUAUCUCACGAAGGAUAAGAAAGCUAGAAUCAAGGAAUUAGGUCCUUUCGGAUGGAGACUCAGAUACGAUGUCUUGAUGGCCCAGGAACGUGCCAAAAAAGCUAGCGUGAAGAACUACGAGGUGUUGAGUGACGCGAAUGGAAACGAGAUUAAAGUAUACUUCAAAGGAACGUACAACGGAGAGUCGGUUUCUUUGUUGGUUGGCAGAAGAAAGCUUCUACAGAAACUGUAUCCCUUGGUGAAGCUGCACACGCCAGGAAACCUCAGAUAUGCCGCAUUCAACAACAGACGCAAGAACGCACCUUUUGACGAGCUUCUCAAAGAGUUAGAGCACUACAAGGUGGACCUGAGCGACGUUAUCGUGAAAUAGAUCAUAUGUACAUAGACAUCCGUACACGGAAAGUAUCACAAUAUUAUGUGAUGACAAAAUUUCACAGUCACGGACAGUGGUGUAGGGGGUAGCGUUCAAGGGGUGGUUCAAAUUCGUCAGAAACCCGUACUGUAGGAUGGCAGACAUUGGUACUGAAUAUGAAAAUUUUCACAGAAAUUGAAAGAAUACACUUUACACAUCGAAAUGGCUAAGUCUGGUAUCGCUGCUGGUUUGAACAAAGGUCACAAGGUUGAGGCCAAGGAAGUUGCUCCAAAGAUUUCCUACAGAAAGGGCGCUCUAUCCAAGAGAACUGCUUUCGUGAGAUCUCUCGUCAGAGAAGUCGCUGGUCUCGCCCCAUACGAAAGAAGAGUCAUCGAGCUCAUCAGAAACGCUGGUGAGAAGAGAGCCAAGAAGCUCGCCAAGAAGAGACUCGGUACUCAGAAGAGAGCUAAGGCCAAGGUUGAGGAGAUGAACAAGAUCAUUGCUGAAUCUAGAAGACACUAAUUGCACAGUAUUUGAUACGAGCUAAUAAAAUA